GACCUGUAUACACUGUCCCCCUCUCAGUACCUACCUCGCCUACUUACCUCCCUCCAUAUCUAUUACGCCCACCCUACCUCACCUCGACCUAACAUGAUAUGAUGCCCCGAUACGGCCGGUUUUUUCUUUGUCAUUUCAUUUCACCUGUUGUUUUCAAAGCUGCACAUGGCGGCUUUUUUAUUAUUAUUUACUUACGCCUCUUUCCCCAUGUGUAUGUAUGCGGGGAUGGGGAUGGAUAGGUAUGGGGACAGGGCGGGGACUAGGGGAGGGGUGUUUUUGUCUCUCUUUUUUUAUCUUGCCAAGCGGGCAGCAGGGCAAGGAGGCUUUUACUCUUUACCUUCACGUUUUUUGUUUUCAUAUCCGGGCAUGUGUAUUAUGAAAGCGAGUCCCCUCCCCUUCGGAAUGAUAUUUGACGGGGGCUGUCUGGCUGUCUGUCUCGUCUCUUGCCGGAUGGGAGGGCGGAUCAGUGACAGGGAGGGACGAAGGGAAAAAAGGAAAUUUCUACUUGGGGAAAUCUUUUUGGUGCCUUGCCCACCCCCUUUCAAGCAAGGUACAGCAAUGAACAUGCGACAUACCCAAACACCAUUUUUUGGUGACCUGAUAUUGGCGGCGGCGGCGAGCAGCGGGCGUUUUGUUUCCCCUUUUCACUUUAUUUAAUUUGUAUUUCUUCUUGCUCCUUGUGUGCUGAAGUCUGUUUGGUAGCUUUUGGGCUGGUUGAGGUGUUUUUUUUCUUUCCUUCCCUCUCGCCAGGGAUGGGGUUAUUAGAAGAGAGAAGAAGAGAAAGGCGCGGCCGAGGUGAGUGGUUGGGCUUGCUGGGCUUGUUGUUGUUGUUGUUGUUUCUGGGACUGUGUUGCAACCUCUUUGGGGCUUUUUUCUUGUUCUUGUCUUUUUUUCCUUGUUUUC